CUAGCCACCUUCCCCCCACCCCUCUCGCCGCCGCAGCCGCGGAGGCGACCCCUCCCCCGCCGCCGCCAAGAUGCAGAUCUUCGUGAAGACCCUGACGGGGAAGACCAUCACGCUGGAGGUGGAGUCCUCGGACACCAUCGACAACGUGAAGGCCAAGAUCCAGGACAAGGAAGGGAUCCCCCCGGACCAGCAGCGCCUCAUCUUCGCCGGCAAGCAGCUCGAGGAUGGCCGCACCCUCGCCGACUACAACAUCCAGAAGGAGUCCACCCUCCACCUCGUGCUCCGCCUCCGCGGCGGCGCCAAGAAGCGCAAGAAGAAGACGUACACCAAGCCCAAGAAGAUCAAGCACAAGCACAAGAAGGUGAAGCUCGCCGUGCUCCAGUUCUACAAGGUGGACGACGCCACCGGCAAGGUCACCAGGCUCAGGAAGGAGUGCCCCAACAACGACUGCGGCGCGGGCACCUUCAUGGCCAACCACUUCGAUCGCCACUACUGCGGCAAGUGCGGCCUCACCUACGUCUACAACCAGAAGGCCUAGGUUGAUGCUUGCUGCUGCUCGCUUUGCUCUGAUCUGAUGCUUUUCAUUCCCUUUUAUCUGUUAUUAUCAUGAGCUGAGAUGAGCUGCUGCUGGUUACAUGUUAUUCAGAUUAUAUGCGUUUUGUUCUCCGUUUACAAUUGGAAAACUUUGAGUAGUAGCCUCUUGGAAUAUUAUUAUCUGUUACUGAAUUGAUGAUGCGAUGUGAGUUCACUUGUGUUUUCUGAUUCCUGUUGGA